AUGGACGACGACGGCGCGGCCUCCCGGUCGCCGUCGCGCUCGCCGUCCCGGUCGCCGUCGCGCUCCCCGUCCCCGCUCCCCGUCGCCGACCCCGUCACGGUCGCCGCCGCGCCGCCCGGCCACGUCGCCGUCGCUAUCCCGCUCCGCAAGCCUUCCCCUUCCUCGGGCGGCGGCGGCGGCGGCCGCGAGGACGCGUGGAGCGACGGCGCCACCUCCACGCUCAUCGACGCCUGGGGGGAGCGCUUCGUGGCGCUGGGGCGGGGCAACCUCCGGCACCCGCAGUGGCAGGAGGUCGCCGAGGUCGUCUCCUCCCGCGACGGCUACUCCAAGGUGCCCAAGUCGGACGUGCAGUGCAAGAACCGCAUCGACACGCUCAAGAAGAAGUACAAGAUCGAGAAAGCCAAGCACGACUCCGACUGGCGCUACUUCGACCGCCUCGACGACCUGCUCGCCCCCGUGCUCAAGCCCAAUUCUUCCUCCUCCUCGGCUUCUGCUGCUGCGGCGGCGGCGGCAGCAGCCGCCCGGAGCUCUGGGCCCAUGGUGCCGCCGCGCAUCAACUUCCCGCAGCGCACCCGCACGCCGCUCCAUUCCUCGGCGGGGGCCAAGCGGAGGAUGCCGCCGUCGUCGCCGCCGCCGCAGCCGUCGGCGUCGUCCGACUCCUCCGACGGGUUCCCGCCGUCUUCCGCGGUGGCGAACGGGAAGAGGCAGCAGCGCGUGGAGGAGCCCUUAGCCGCCGCCGCCGCGGCCAACGGUGGCGCGGAGAGCAGCAGCGUGAGCCGCGCGCAGGGCCUGCGCGACCUGGCGCAGGCGAUCCGGCGGCUAGGGGAGGUGUACGAGCGCGUGGAGAGCGCCAGGAGGGAGCAGGAGCUCCGGAUGGAGCGGGAGCGCCUGGAGUCCGCCCGGCAGCUGGAGGAGCAGCGCGUGCAGUUCUUCCUCAAGAUGCAGAUGGAGCUCUCCAAGGCGGCCACGGGCGGCGGCGCGGCGGCGGCCACCACCGCGCCCAUGGCCGCCGUCCCCAUCCCUGCCGACGGCAACGGCGCGCGGAGAGCCGGCGUGACCGCCGAGGUCGCGACCAGCAGCAACCACCGCGUCCGGUACCGUAUCAAGGCCGGCAGCAGCAGGCACCCCCACCCUGCCGCCCCGCAGCAGGCACAUUACCAGAACAGCAGCACGAGCCCCGCCGGGGGCGACGGCGAUGGCAACGGCAACGACUCGGACAACAAGGAAGCGGCACAGGAGGAGGAUGCGGAAGACGAGGAGGAAGAGAGCCAGUGA